UCGUCGCCACGGUGCGCGCGACACAUCCCGUGGUCUUCUCGACGCAGUACUACGAGGGCGACAGGGAGUUUUGGGGGCGGCUUGCGGAGUUGUUCGCGCUCUCUGACGCGCGGCUGCGCUACCUCGAUCUGCUAAUGCAUAACACGGUCGCACUCGCGCAUGGAUGGCUGGACGGAUGCCUCCUGCUUCUCUCCGCUAGCAGCACCCUCUGCGUCCGGCUCAGGCUUUUGGAUAGGGAUAGAGUCGAGCGCAUCCGAGUCGGGUGCCCCGCUCCCCGCCUUUCGCCCGAAUCCAGCCCGAGGCCGGCGUCCAACAGCAGAAAGUGGGAGCCGCUGCGCGAUGCAGCUCCUAGGCUGCUUGCGGAGGGGAUCCCGACUCUCCGCUACGUCGCCGUGUCGUCCAGUGGGCACAUGGCCAGGGACACCGAUGAUCCUGGAGGCUCGAGUUUCCGCGAAUCGGUGCGGUGGUGGCGAGUUGUGUCGGGUGUGGUGGCCGAGAAGCGCGCAGUAGAGCUAAUUGAGAUCAGUGCGGAAGAAGGGCAGAGGCUGGACGAGUAUAUGCGUGGCGAGGCUUUCGCGAACACUUUGCAGCUUUAGAGUCUUUGUAUGUCCCUAUGAACUAGUCCUUUGCUCGUGCAGUCUGCCUGGGCGCAUUCUGGUCCGCGGGGUCAUG